AGGAGCUCCUAAAUUUCCAGUAUUAUAAUGUCCGUGGACAACAGCCUGGGUAUUCUAGACUUCUCUGCGGGUAAGGAGAGCGAGAAAACAGCAAUGACAGCGGCAAACAUAUACAAAACGUCGGAUAAGGAGAACGAUCCGGAUUCCCAUCUUACGGGCACUAUUGUCACCACUGGCGCCACUGCCCAGCCAGCCACGCCCACUGCCGCAAAUGCCACCGCCCUGCCAGCCACGCCUACUCUGCCAGCGGGCCAGGAUCUGGGCGACGGUGCCUGCAGUAGUAAAGGCACGGAUGUCAAGUUCCAGUCGUACGUAAAUGGCAAUGGCAACGGCGUGUACAAGAUCAUCAAGACACUCGGUAAGGGCAACUUUGCCAAGGUCAAGCUGGCGAUCCAUGUGCCCACCGGUCGCGAAGUGGCCAUCAAGGUGAUCGAUAAGACGCAACUCAAUACGAGUGCUCGCCAGAAGCUGUACCGCGAGGUGAAGAUCAUGAAGCUGCUGAACCAUCCGAAUAUCGUGCGCCUCUUCCAAGUCAUCGAGUCGGAGAGGACACUGUACCUGGUGAUGGAGUACGCGAGUCGCGGCGAGCUAUUCGACCACCUGGUCAAGAACGGCAGGAUGCGGGAGCGGGACGCCAGGGUGAUCUUCCGGCAGUUGGUGUCCGCCAUUCAGUACUGCCACAGCAAGUUCGUGGUUCAUCGCGAUCUGAAGGCGGAGAACCUGUUGCUGGACCAGCACAUGAACAUUAAAAUCGCGGACUUUGGUUUCGGCAACACCUUCGAUCCCAACGCCCAGCUGGAAACGUUCUGCGGAAGUCCACCGUAUGCUGCCCCAGAACUUUUCAUGGGCCGGAAGUACGCCGGACCGGAGGUGGACGCCUGGUCGCUGGGCGUGGUGCUGUACACACUUGUCAGUGGCUCGCUGCCCUUUGAUGGCGGCACCUUGAAGGAGUUGCGGGAAAGAGUGCUGCGGGGCAAGUACCGUGUGCCCUACUACAUCUCCAUGGACUGCGAGAAUCUGAUGAGGAAGUUCCUGGUCCUGAAUCCCGCCAAGCGCACUUCGCUUUCGGCUGUGAUGUCGGAUAAGUGGAUAAAUCUGGGCCACGAUGAGACCGACCGAUUGCGCGCGUUUCGCGAGAAGCCCAUGGAGCUGCAGGAUGCCGCCCGUUUCGAUCUACUGAUGAGCAUGGGCCACAAGCGGCGUGAUGUGGAGCAGUCGGUGAAGGGGCAACUGUUCGACGACAUCUACUGCACAUACAUGCUCCUGGGCGUGGCCAAGCCGCGCUCCUCGAGCCGCAGUGCGAAACCGGAGGCUAUACCAACAGUGGACUUGACUACUCCAUCUGUCAGUAGCCCGCUCCCCAAUAUCACCACGCCCACUGUCACCAUAGCUCAUGUCACGCUUGCGCUGGACAAGAAUCCGCCCAUCCACGCCGCCACCGCCUCCGCCUCGAGUAGACCCAUCGCUCCGCGUUUGGCAAAUGCCCCCAAUACGCCCACCUCGACGCCGCCCACAGGACCGCCUGCCAAGCCCACACGCCGCACUCCAGCCAGGACGCCAGCCCGCAAGGCCACCAACCAUGCGGGCGGCCAAGGACGUCCGGAGCCCUCGAGUCUGCCGCACACGCCACAGUCAAAGAGAGCCAGUGCCAACAUGGAUGUGAAGCCCACGCUGCUGAGUGCCCAGCGACAGUUGGCCCAGACCCAAAAGCUGGCCAACACUCCUCCGCGCUUCCAGUACCCCGCUGCACAAACUCCGAAUCAAGCGCAGGGAUCCUCCAGACGACCCACGACCCUGUACGAGAAAGCGGAGCCUGCAGUCACUCCACUUGUGGUGCCCAAGUCGCCGGCCAUCGGUGGUCGACUGCUGGAACGGAUUCCCGGAGCGGGAGCCGUGGAAAAGACCUCCGACAAGCCCUUCACCCGACACAAUGUUGCGCGGGCCACUUUCCAUUUCGGCCAGGCUCGCAAUGGCAAACGGGGCGGCGGAUCAGGAAGUGGCGCCGGCGGGGAGGAGGACAGCUACCAGACGCCACCCUUAUCCGCGGACGACACCAAGCCCGCCUCGCGGGUAGGAUUCUUCUCCAAGCUGACCGCACGCUUCGGUCGAAGGGUGAUCCACUUGAACGAAAAGGAUGUCACCGAGCAGCGCAAGAAUCUCACCAAAUAGCCAGUUGUCCGGUGGCUUGGGGCAUCUCACGGUGAUGGGAAGAUUGAGUGAUACAUAAUGAUGCAAGUGAUACAGCAGGCCCUGCCCGAGCAUUCUAACGAACUUAAGUCCAGCGAAAAAGUCUACAAAUCAGUU